AUAAAUUUGUGAAUCAAGUACGGAUUUUUGUUUUGUACAAAUUAGCGCAUUAUACGGCGUACGAAUCUUAUGUAAAUAAACGGAAAGCACGAGUUCAAAGGUGAACCUUGAUCAUGUGACCUGGACAAAAUGUCAGCGUCCAUGAAACGAUGUGUAAAUAAGGAGAAAUAAAUUAGAAAAUGGAUCCAAAUCAGCUAGCAUUUGACAGAGAUGAAGAAUUUCCCGCAUUAAAAGAUGAGGUCUACCUUGACCACGCUGGUGCGACCUUGACCUCUAGGAGCCAGUUAGAUGCAGUGCAUCAUGACCUUUCAACCCACCUGUAUGGGAACCCACACAGUAGAGGUCACCCCAGUCAGCUGACCUCAGACACUGUGGACCAGAUACGAUGCAGGGUUUUGCAGCAUUUUUCUGCUUCUUCAACUGAGUAUUCACUGAUCUUCACAUCUGGGUGCACAGGAGCCUUGAAACUGCUGGCAGAAGCAUUUGAUUACCAGGGCAGGGCAGGUGGCUAUGGUAACAAAGAUGUUGGUAAAGGUCAUGACUCUGACAACAAGGGAGACAAUUCUAGUACAUUGAGCAAAAAUCCAUCAACAAUAAAUGAUAGUGUAAAUGAGUUUCAAUCAUGCAGAAAGGGCAGUUUCACGUAUCUUUUGGACAAUCACACUUCUGCCCAAGGAAUGAGAGAAUAUGCAUUUCAAAAAGCAGGCAAAGUGCAAUGCAUUGACCUUGAUAUCCAUGGUAACACAAUAUCACACUCUGUUCUUAGUGCCAAUGAUUCAGAUCUGAGUGGGAAUCAUUUAUUUGUGUAUCCAGCUCAGUCGAAUUUCUCCGGCAAAAAAUACCCGGUUGAUUGGAUACACCAGGUCAAAAGAGGUCAGAUGCCAUGGCAACAAGAUGCUCUUAAAGAUGUCAAUGGGUCAAAAAGAUGUGAGAACUGUUGGUUUACUACACUGGAUGCAGCCAGUUUGGUUAGCACUUCUCCACUAGAUUUAGGCAGCAUCAAGCCUGAUUUUGUCAUCAUCUCUUUCUACAAGAUGUUUGGCUUUCCUACAGGAUUAGGAGCCCUGAUUCUGCAUAACAAGGCUGCUCAUGUAUUAAAAAAGACAUAUUUUGGUGGGGGAACUGUGGCUGUGAGUCUAGCAAAGCAGAGAUUUCAUGUGUCAAGGUCAUCUUUGAGUCAGAGGUUUGAGGAUGGCACUAUCCCUUUCCUUGAUAUUAUUUCUCUGAGGCACGGAUUUGAUGCCCUGAACAGGUUCUAUCCAGGUGGUAUGUUAGAUAUCUCACAGAUGACCUUUACCCUGGCCCAGUUCUUCCAUCACCAGUUGACCUCUUGUCACCAUGGCAAUGGUAGCUGUCUGGCUGAAGUGUACUGUGAGGAUAACUUCCAGAACAUCGAAACUCAGGGUGCCAUAGUAACCUUCAAUCUGUUGAGAGCAAAUGGCAACUACAUUGGUUUCUCAGAGGUUGAAAAGCUUGGGCAGUUGUACAACAUUCAUUUUCGAACUGGGUGUUUCUGCAACAUUGGUGCCUGUCAGAAAUACUUGAAGAUGUCAGAUGAACAAAUCCAAGGCAACUUCAGUGCAGGUCAUGUGUGUGGAGAUGACCUUGACCUAAUUGACGGUAGACCGACGGGCGCAGUACGGGUAUCAUUUGGCUACAUGUCUACCAUGCUGGAUGCCCAGAGAUGUCUGCAGUUUAUUGUAGACUGCUUCCUUGAGAGUUGUGAUAAACAGGUCUUCUGUAGCAAAAAUAUCUGGCAACCAGUCGGCAAAACUGUGUCUGCUUCUGACAGCAGCAAAGUCUCUGAAAAAAAUAAUGUGAAUACACAGUUAUUGAAUGAUAUUACUGUAAAUGCUAGUGAUACGCAAUAUGAUAAUACAAUUGUUAAUGAAGAAAAAUCUAGUUUAGCUCAAAGUUCAAAUAUUGAAAAUACAAAAGUUUCUCAACAACUGUCUGGAAAGGUAAAUAAAAUGAUGGUCUGUGUUGAAAUGAACUUUGAAACGCCAAGUGAAAUAAGAAAAGUAAAUACAAAAUUAGAACAGUUGAUUCAGAACAAAGAACAUUCCUAUGGUGAUUUAAAUCCAGACAUAGUUACCAUGGUAACUGAAGAAACAGAAGAGUUUGAAGCUUGUGAAGGCAGGGUGUUGGCUGAUAUUUUCCUCUACCCUGUUAAGUCAUGUGCUGCAUUCAGGGUGACAAGAUGGCCGCUCUGUUCCCGGGGUCUGUUGUAUGACAGAGAGUGGAUGAUUGUCACGGAGACGGGCAUUGCGUUGACUCAGAAGAGAGAGUACCGGCUGUGUCUGCUCCGUCCCUCCAUUGAUCUGUUGUCUGGGCAGCUCAUUCUUGCAUUCCCAGGGAUGAAUGUACUUAGACUCAGCCUCACAGAUAUGGUUGGGGACCAAAAUGAAGCAAGUCUCUGUAACGGCAAAGUGUGUGGAGACAGAGUGUCCAGUGUAGACUGUGGUGAUGUGGUGGCAGACUGGUUAAGCGAGGCACUGUGUCGACCUGGCUGUCGUCUGAUACGUCAAGCAGCAGACGACACUCGGGCCUCAAAACUGAAGAGCUCCAUAUAUGACUCGACAGGUAGUGAUAUGCGGCUGUCAUUGUCCAACGAGUCCCAGUACCUGAUGAUCACCCAGGACAGCGCUGCAGCCCUGCACCAGAAGAUUCUAGAACGUUACCAAGAAGGCGAUGCAGAUGCAUGCUUUGAUGUGAACAAUCUUGUGGAUCGUUUCCGUGCCAACCUGGUUGUCAGAGGUUGUUCCCCGUUUGAGGAAGAUACCUGGAGCUCUGUGCAAAUUGGAAAACUACACUUUCAGAGCCAGGGUCAGUGUUCCCGUUGUCAGAUGGUGUGUAUGGACCAGAGUAGUGGGGAACGGUCUGGAGAGCCCCUGAAAACACUUGCCGUCUGGCGCGGAAAGAAGAUUCCGUUUGGAAUUCACCUUGGUCAUGCAUGGAAGGUGGAGAGGGAUUUUACAGAAAUACAAGUGGGAGACCCUGUAUUUGUGACAAUCUGAUUUCUGGACAUUUCAUCUGCAUAUGCUUUGUUCUUUAUGCCACAUUCUUUCUUGGACCAGAAGACUUUUUCUCCAUCAAAAAGCAAAGCAACCAUGCUUUGUGGUUGGGUAUAAAUGUAUUAACAAAAUUAUCUCGAAAUCCACUGCUUAAAUUUUUGUUAUAAUUUUGCAGCAAACAUUCCUGAACUGGUUUUGUACCAGAUCAAUUAAACAUAUUUUCAUUUGUAACACUUACUUUUUGGCCUAAGUGAUAUUGAUUUGUUUAGCUCUACUGGCCAUAGGCCAGAAGAGCUUAUGGGAUGGCAUGGUGUCUGUCUGUCUGUGCGUUAGACUUUCUCUUGUUUAUCCGAUUAAGUCCACAUUUUUCAUCCACUUCUUUUCAAACUUGUUCAGUGUGUUGAUAUUAAUGAGGACUCGAAACCUAUCAAAAAUGGGUUACAUCAGAGAAAAAAGUCCAGAAUUAUCUCCCCUUAAAUUUAAGAAAAUUGUGAAAUAAGGCUUGUUUACGCAAUAAAGUCCACAGUUUUCAUCCAAUCAUUUCCCAACUUGCACAGUGUCUUUAUCUGAAUGAUGAGUCAAACCCUAUUGAAAAUGAGCAAUAUCGAAGUUAUAAGUCCAGAAUUAUCUCCCCUUGAAUUUGAGAAAAAAAAAGAAAAUCUUUAACAUUUUGCCAUAACUUUUGCAAUAUUGAAGAUAGCAACUUCAUAUUUGGCAUGCAUGUGUAUCUCAUAGAG